AUGCGAAGACCAGAUGGUUCUUUGGCCCAUGUAUGGGAUUUUCUGCUCGAGCAGGCAGACCACUCGUGGAACGCGAGAAUCAGCAUAGCGACGGGAGGCGUCGAGUCGCUUGUUGAUCGGAGAUGGCGCUCUGGUGAUUACGCCCCACGCCAUCGAGUGGCUGCAGAUGAGGUCGACGGUCCCAAAUCCGCAGAGUCUUCAAGUAGCAGCAAGCUGCAGAGGCGGCUGUCGUACGUAGCGAUUCCCAUUACCUGGCAAGACCCUCGGGAGGGGUUCGAGUUUAUCGUGAACCCGGAAAGCGCAUCAAGCCCCUACGGCUGGGUCACUGCGAACUCAACUGCGGGCAACAACGCGAUCGCCUUCAAGGGGUCUCAAGCUGGCGUUGCUUCGGAGACCAGCCCCUACGUCUUUGCCUACAGCUUCAACGGGACAGCCGACCCGCGCGUCCCCCAGAAUGUUGGCGCAGCUAUUGUAAAUGCCUUUUACGUUGUCAACAGCAUCCAUGACAUAUCGUAUAUAUAUGGGUUUACGGAAGCCACUUUUAACUUUCAGGACGAGAAUUUCGGCAGAGGAGGGCAGGGCAACGAUCGCAUCACCAUCUCCAUACAGGAUUCCGCCUACAUCAACUAUGCAGAUUUUGCUACGCCACCAGAUGGACAGAGUGGCCGGCUUCGCCUCUUUAUCUACGAUCUCACCCAUCCAGACCGUGAUGGCGGUUUAGAGAACGAUAUCAUUGCCCAUGAGUGCGCCAUUGGCAUUGCAACUCGCCUUACGGGUGGCGGUACUGCAGCCUGCCUCCAGAGCCGUAUUUCAAGAGGAAUGGCUCUGGGCUGGGGCGAUGCAUUUGCGGAAUGGCUCGAGCAGACGGGCGCUAUUGCAGACUUUACGCUGGGCAGCUAUGUGACGGGUGACCAACGAGGCAUUCGAUCCUACCCUUACUCCAGAAGUCCGGCUGUCAACCCGCUCACAUAUCAGGAUGGACCACCUUCGGCGGACGUGCAUCUUAUUGGAGAAGUAUGGGCGAAUAUGCUGCACAACGUCCUGGCUGCUUUGACGGAUAACUACGGCUGGAGUGAUAAUUUCUUGGUUGAUUCUAGUGGACCCUCGGGCAACGUUGUUUAUAUGCAUCUGUACAUGGACGGCCUGAGCAUCCAGCCUUGCGAGCCGACCUUCAUCACCGCACGCGAUGCCUUCAUACAAGCCGAGCUGAACAGGUACGGCGGCCGUCACUACUGCGUCAUCUGGCGUGUGUUUGCGAGCAAGGGGCUUGGAUAUGGUGCCUACCAGGAUUAUGUGAAUGAAUAUUCAGUCCCGCCAGGCUGCUAG